AAGGCGGUCGUGUGUUUGAGGCUGGACUGAGAGGAGUUAGCUGAGAGGCGCACUGGCUCCGGUAGAACAAGUGGAUGGAAAGAGCACAGUGCAAUGGAGAAACUGAACCGCGGUGCAGCCACCGGUGCCCUGUGAGAGAAAUACGAGGAGAAAAGAGGCGUGCGUGAGACAAGGAGGAAUGAAUAGUAGGAUAAGGAAUUUUGAUGAAGAGUUGAGAUUGUUGUCCAAAAUGGCACGGAUUUGCUCCAACGCAAAUGCGCAUUUUGCAAAGAUGACAUAGCACUUGAGAAAAUGGGAUUCCUGCAGGAACAGAACUCACUCACGACCUGAAUGAAAAGAGAAAAGGGAUUCUAUUCAAAUCGGAAUUUCGUUUGGUGUUUGUUUGUUUUUGUUUUUUUUCUUCUUUUCCUUGACAAGCCUCGGCUGUGAGUGAACGAGGGCGAAAUAUGAAUCUGGGCAAAGCACUUCUGUUUUUCCUCCUCUCGAGCUGUGUGACAAUGACUUUGUCGCUAUCCACUUGCACCACUGUGGACAUUGACCACAUAAAGAAAAAGAGAGUGGAGGCGGUCCGGGGACAGAUCCUCAGUAAACUCCGGCUGACCAGUCCGCCUCAAACAACAGGUCCAAGUCAAGUACCGUUUCAGGUCCUGGCCCUUUACAACAGCACCAAGGAGCUCAUUGAGGAGCUGGGAAGAGACAGGCACCAGAGUUGUGGACAGGAUAAUACGGAGACCGAGUACUAUGCCAAAGAGAUUUACAGGUUCAACAUGAUCAGUGGUCCACCAGAAAACAAUGACCUCUCCUACUGCCCCAAGGGUAUCACCUCAAAGGUAUUCCGCUUCAACGUCUCGACCAUGGAGAAGAACUCCACCAACCUGUUCCGGGCUGAAUUUCGAGCCCUGCGGAUCCCCAACCCGGGUGCCAAGAAAAACGAGCAGAGGAUUGAGCUCUACCAGAUCCUCCAGAAAGACGACCCCAAAGCCAAACAGCGCUACAUUGGGGGCAAGAACGUCCUGACCAAGGGAACGCCUGAGUGGGUCUCCUUUGAUGUCACCGAGACAGUGAGGGAGUGGCUAAUGUACCGACAGACCAACCUUGGCCUGGAGAUCAGUGUGCAUUGUCCCUGCCACACUUUCAGACCCAAUGGUGACAUUAUCGAGAACGCCAACGAGGUGCUGGAGGUCAAGUUCAAAGGUACGGACGCUGACUAUGAUGAUCUGAGCCGUGUGAAAAAACCCCACCUCAUCCUCAUGAUGCUCCCUCCCCACAGGCUGGAUGCCCAGUCCUCAUCCCGCAGGCGCAAGCGGGCACUUGACACCAAUUACUGCUUCAACAAUUACGAGGAGAACUGCUGCGUGCGACCACUAUACAUAAAUUUCCGGCAGGACUUGGGCUGGAGGUGGAUCCAUCAGCCCGAAGGGUACUAUGCCAACUUCUGCUCCGGUCCCUGCCCUUACCUACGCAGUGCAGACACCACCCACAGCUCGCUGCUGAGCCUGUACAACACCCUGAACCCCGAAGCAUCCGCCUCCCCCUGCUGUGUUCCUCAGGACUUGGAGCCCCUCACCAUCCUCUACUAUGUGGGCCGCUCCCCCAAAGUUGAGCAGCUCUCCAACAUGGUCGUCAAGUCCUGCAAGUGCAGCUAAACCUCCGAGCUUCAGGGCCUGGCGAGAGACACGAGGGCAGGGCGGCUCCCAGCACUACUCAGGAGCAGGUAUGAGGGUUUGGAGGGGGGGGGGGGCGGGGGCGGGGGCGGGGGCAGAUUGUCCUCCGUGAGUACCUCUUCCCUCUGCUUCAGCCUUGCUCGAGCCCUCUCACGGAAAAACAAAGUCACAGUCCACCACUCUGCUCACAAUCAUCGGCAGCAUUAACCUAAAAGACUCGUUCAAACACCACUUCACUAACAGCGCUCUCAAACCCAUCAGACCUCUUGUUGACCUUCAACAAUCGCCUUUUGACUUUUCUCAUGUUUUUUUUCUCAUGUUUUUUUUUCUCAUACUCCAGCAUUUUGAACAGCCUUUACCUCAGUGUUACUUGACAUUGGCGUCGAAAAACCCGCUUUCAACGAAAGAGGAGCAGUAAUUGUCUUGCAAUGGCCGCUGCAUUCUCAAGGACAUAGAAUAAUCUCAGUCAAAAAAAGCAAAAAAAAAAACGGAGAAUGCCGACUUGAACUCAACA